UUUAAGGUGCUCUUUGUCUGCAUUUCAGAAUGAAGGCCUUCUAUGGUAUAAUGAACGUCCUGCUGGGACACCUGGCCGGGGUACACUGCUCAAACCGUGUGGAUUGUCCUGAAAUGAUAGACGAGAUGAGACCACAAGAUGUUGACUUCCACUCUACAAACUACAACAACAUCCUGCAUUGGAUUCCAGGUUGCCAAUGGGAAGAAGAUACCAUUUAUUUUGUACAGUAUAAAAUCUAUGGAGAUAAACGAUGGACCAACAAAGUGGAAUGCUGGGGGAUCAAGAAUACCUUUUGUGACCUCAGCCAGGAGACUGCACAAAGCAGCGAGUGGUACUAUGCACGUGUCCGAGCUGCUAUAUCCAGACGGAAAUCAGGCUGGGCUGUUAGCCCCAGAUUCAUACCAGCUUUCACAACUGUGGUGACUGCUCCAAAGAUCAAGCUUGAGUCUACUAAGAGCUCCCUGUUGAUUCGGGUCCGACCUCCUCACUCACCACACCGAAGAAGAAACGGCACCUGGAUCUCCAUGCAAAAACUGCGCAAUCUAAAACACAGAGUGUACAUUUUGGACAACAAACUUCCAGAUGAAAGUGAGAAGAAGGUUUAUGAGGGUUGUGCCAGGAUUAUACUUGUUGCUAAACUGACAUCCAAGACAUUUUACUGUGUGGUGGUCGAAACUAUUGAUGUGACAUCGGGUUGGACAAGUCCACGGAGUGAAAAACGAUGUAUCCGAACUCUCUAAGAUACAAACUGAAAUGCAGAUCUGUGCAGGACAGAAGCUUCUCUGCAUGUUUGAGGAGGCAUCAAGGCCACCUGGCAAGAAGACAUCAGCCUUCAUCACUUGUGUUAACGUUGCUUUAAACAUAGCAUACUGAAAUCCAAACUGAUUCAGCCACUGAAAAAUCUGCAGCACGGAUGUUGUAAAAUGUAAGGUUAAUCACUGUUAUAUUAAAGUAUUGGUAACACUUUAGGUUCUGCAAAAAUGCAAUCAUUACUCAUUGAUGUAACAAGACCUUAACAAAGGUGACCCCUUCUAAAACAUCAGUAGAUGGGUCAUUCAUGUCUGUGCAGGGCGGCGUAUUGACAUGCUGUAAAAUGACUUGUGAAUAUAAAGGAGUCACAGGCCUUACACUAAAUAUGAAAUAUCGAGAGAAAUGUGUCUCAGUGAAGCCACCUUAGAUCACUCCAAAGGGACGGUUUGUUAGAUGGCCACAUAACAGAGAUGAACAAAUACCUUACUGAUGCUCUGUAAGUGUUAUGAAGAGCCAAAUGAGCCUUUGUUAAGGUCUUGUUACAUACGAGUAAAUGAGUAAUAGGUAAACUAAUGCGUUAACAAAGCAUUUUAAACUUAAAAAGUGUGAGGUAUGUGAGAUGAAAUUAACCAGUAGAACGAGGAAAAGUCCCGCCAGGUCCUUGUCCACAUCCUUACAUUUUAAACCUGGCGGACCAACACACCAAUUGAGCAAAAAUAACUGUGGGGAUGAAACAUUUCUAUAAUGUAAAUUGUGUUUAUUUUAGAUAGAUAGAUAGAUAGAUAGAUAGAUAGAUAG